AAUUAUCUUAUCUGUGUGAAUUUUCUCAGUUCUAUGUUUUUAUUGUUUUGUUAUGUACAAGAAGAAAAGCAAUUGAUAAUACUAAAAAUUAAAGCUCAUUGUAAUAUUUUUUACAGAGGAGAAAUAAAAAAAUUAUAAAAUUUUCCAGAUAUAGGUGAUGAAAAUGAUUCGGAAUAGUCUAUAUUGUAAAUUUUUGUAGUGAAUUAUUCAAGAUGGAGGGUGGUUAUUUUGUUUUCAUCUGUUUGUUCAGUUUUGUGUUGAAAGUGAAAUGUAAUGAAUGUUUCGAGGUUUGUUCAUGCCUUGGUAGUCACAUUGAUUGUACCUCCCAUAAUCUAAGCACUAUACCAGCAAAUUUGCCUGAAUGGUCAACACAUCUGUAUUUGAACAAUAAUCACAUUAAAAAUUUGAAUGUCGCUAUUUGGAAGAACCUUACAGACAUUCAGGAGUUGAAACUGAACAAAAAUGAUAUCGAAAUCAUUCCUAUAGACAUUUUCGUACAUCAACGACACCUCAAAAUUCUUGAACUGAAUCGAAAUAAGCUGAAGACUAUAGAAGGAUUAACUUUCAAGUCUUUGAAACAUCUGGACACCCUGAAAUUAAAAAAGAAUGAAAUUAAUCACUUACCUGAUGCUGCAUUUUAUGGACUUAAACGACUCUACAAGUUGUUUUUGGAUUACAAUGAAAUUUCUUCUAUAUCUAAAGAAUGGCUGUAUGACUUACAAAAUUUGAAAGAACUAUCAUUAAGCCAUAAUAAAUUGAACAAAAUCAACUUAGAUGCCUGGGAAUUUUGUGUUGGUUUAGUAAACUUGGAUCUUUCAUAUAAUUCCUUAGAAUCUAUCCAAGCAGAUACUUUCAAGCAUUUAGGAAUUAUGCAGAAAUUGAAUCUAAAUAAUAAUAAAUUGAUGUUUAUUGAUGAAAAUGCUUUCAAUUCAUUGACAAGCCUAAAAACUAUGUAUCUUAAUGGUAAUAAAUUAUCAACAGCUAUUGAAGAUGCAAAUGGGAUUUUUCACAAUCUAACGAAAUUAACAAAAUUUCAUAUAGCACAUAAUGGUAUUAAAUCAGUCAAUAAGAACGCAUUUAGUGGACUUCAUUCUUUAGUAUCAUUAGAUUUAACUAAUAACAAUAUUACAUCAAUACAGGAUAAUGCUUUUGCUGAGAUACCUCAUUUAAUAGAAUUACAUCUCAACACAACAUCAUUGCUAUGUGAUUCCAACAUACGAUGGUUUCAUCAUUGGCUUAAAAGUCAUAAAUACACUGUCCAUACCAUAUGCGCUUUUCCACCUGAGUUGAAAGGCAAGAACCUUCAAGAAGUGGAAACGAAUGAACUGUCAAGUAAUGAAUUACCGAAGCCUAAGCUUUUGAAAAAUUUAGGAGCAGAAAUUAUGGCACUCAAGGGAGAAAAUGUCAGUUUACAUUGUACUGCUCGAUCAAGCUCUGGUGCCAAUAUGACAUUCAGAUGGAAAAAGGACAAUGUGGAAUUAGAUGAAGAAGUGUUUGAUAAUUUUAUACUUAGUCCCACCACACAAAAAGAAUUAGAUGUUGAUUCAGUAUUGAAUCUGACAUUCGUACAGAACUCGGAUGCUGGUAAAUACCAGUGUAUUGUUUCUAAUCAGUUUGGAACGGCAUAUUCCCAAAAAGCAACAAUCUCUGUGUUGAUAUUUCCAACUUUCAUCAAAAUACCAUCUAACAUUACUGUAAAAGCAGGGGAAACGGCAAAGUUAGAAUGUUCAGCGCAAGGUGAACCUCAACCCGAGAUCGCUUGGCAUAAAGAUAGUGGUAAUAACUUUCCAGCUGCCAGUGAAAGAAGAAUGUUCAUGAUGCCGACAGAUGAUGUUUUUUUUAUAACUGAUGUGAAAUUAGCAGAUAUGGGUAUCUACAGUUGUACUGCCCAAAAUGCAGCUGGAACAAUUGUAGCCAAUGCUACGUUGAAUGUAGAACAGGAGCCUUCAUUCGUAAGUGCAAUGGAGAAUAUGGAAGUGAACGCAGGAGAAUCUGUUGUUUUCAAGUGUAAAGCAGCUGGUGCCCCUAAACCCACCAUACGCUGGCUGAAGAAUAAUCAACCAAUUAUAAGGACAGAACGCCAUUUUUUCACAGCCGAAGAUCAGCUGCUCAUCAUUGUCGAUACUGUGCAGAAUGAUUCAGGUGAUUAUCAAUGUCAUUUGAACAAUUCUCUUGGUCAACAAACAGCAUCUAGCAGGCUUACAGUUAAACCCAGUGUUUUGAGUUCAAGAGACAUGUGGGGCAUAAUAAUAAUUGCUGUUGUGUGCUGUGCUGUUGUUACAUCUCUUGUUUGGGUCGUGAUUAUUUACCAAACUCGUAAACAUAUAGCUUCUUCUCCGACACCCGAACCUGCUGGUGCUUUUGCUCUACCAAAGCUUUAUACAGAUGAUAAUUCUGACAAAGACAGUGGAACUGGUGAUUCUGCUAAACGAAGUAGUGAUGAUUUGGCUGCAGAGGAGUUCGAUUUGAUAGUCGAAAGGCCAAUGUAUUCUGUCAGAGAAACUCACACCCCACUUCUCCAUUAUUCAAUUCCCACCAAUCAUGAUCGAUCUAAAAGUGAGGUUAGCGAUUCAACAAUAGCUUCUGUUUGAUUGUUUUUUUUUAUGAUUUAAUUUAUUAUCAUGUUAAACAGCGUCUAAUUCAGUUACAGUAGGCUCUCAUUAGUCAACUAUCAUUACUACAUAACAAGUACAAUUGUACUUGUUUUUUUAAGUAUAUAACCUAUUAUUAUUAUUUGAACCUUCCGGGAACUGCGACCAUGUAGAUCCGCAGCUUUAUGUUGGUCUUUUCCUAGCCCACAGAAAGGCUCAGGUCCAGCAGGUGUUAACCUUGAUGCACUUUUUGCAAGUUCAUCAGCUUCUUCAUUUCUUUCAACCCCACAGUGCCCUGGUACCCAUAGUAGAGUCACUUUAUUGCCUCUGACCAGUUGCUUUAUGGUGUUACGGCACUCCCAAGUCAACAGAGACCCCUGGCAUUACGAUUCCAGUGAUCCCAGUGUGGUUUGGCUGUCCGUGGUGAUGUAGAUAUGCGCCCCCUUGAGGCUCAUUUUUAGACACUCCUGAGCGCAUACAUAAACAGCCAGUAUCUCGGUCUGUAAAAUCGAGGACUCACUUCCCAGGGCUUUAGAGAUAAUCAGUUUAGGUCCAUAUAUCCCAAUACCAGUAUCUCUCUCUGAUUUUGAUCCAUCGGUGAACCGUAUGGAUGACUUUUUGUCCAAACGAUUCACGAAACUUAUUGCACUAAGACGGUCAUUUAUAACCGUUUCAACCAUGCUAGAGACGCAUAGGUGACAAUAGGGCGUAUCACCGCUGUGUAUAACCUAAAUAGUGACAUUAAAUUUUCGUUUUGAGCAGUUACAGGCAGCAUUUUAAUUCACUUGGAUGAUUUUAACAUAUAAAUAUAUAUGCGACAAAUUGUUCGAAGUGUUGAGUAGUUAGAUGGGCACCUAACCUCUCUAAUAUAUCUGUGAUCUGGUCUCAUAGACCUUGCAAUAUUUUCGAUUCUCAAUAAUAGGAGAACCUACUGUUGAUCUUCAGUUUUCAAAGAGAGCCUACUGUAUAUGUUUGAUACUCGUAGAACUGCACAAUUUUCAUUCUCGCUCAAGACUACUUUUUGUACACCCCAGUUGUAAAAAUUGGUACAGGCAGCUUUAUAUUGCCGAAUUCACAAAUUCAUAAAAAUGAGUAAUUAUUUGUAAAGUUCCAGUGAAGAAUCAACUUUGAUUUGAAUAAUGUAUAUAUUUCUAAAUGAGUAUUUUUUUUAAGAUGCUCGAUACUUUGUCAGUGUUGUCUCCAUUUGAUUGGAAUUUGUUUUAAUUAGUUGGAAUAAUUUUGAUGAAUUACUAAGGAGAUAUAUUUCUUGAUGUACAAUUCCAAUGUAAAUAUGUAUAAACGUAGAUAAUUUUUGAAUCUUUACAAGUUCCUCUGUUAGAUUUAAAGUUUUAUCACUAUUUAUCUAUUUUCUCAUAAAAAAAGAGACCAACAACUAGAUAAUCAUUGUAUAUAUAAUUUAUCUUUUGAAUGUUUUCUGGAUGUAACUGUUAAUUGAAUUAAUAUUGUUUAUAUUUUAACUGUUACUGACAGUGUAACUAAGUAUUAUUUUUGAAUUUUACUUGAGACUACAGUGAGGUCCAGAUUGAUUACAACAAAUUGUAUUUCGAUAUUACUAAGCACAUAGUAAUCUUUUAAGUAUUGAAGUUUUCAGGUAUUUUAAUCAUUUAAAUUUCUUUUAUUAUAGCUCUUUUAUUUUUACUGGUCUCAUUUUUCAUAGUAUUAUUAGAUAUACCUCAUUGUGAUGAUUUUAUUUUUGUUAAAAUAAACAUUUUUUUCGAAUA